CGGCCCCCGGCUGUGCGGGAGGUGACGGCGGGCUGUAGAGCGCCGGCAGAAAUGAAAGCAGAGCUGGCAGCGGCGGCAGCUGCAGCAGCGGCAGAAAUGUUGAGUGGCUCGUAAUUGCACAACCGCGGGGAAAACUUGGACAGGAGACUCGACGGGUUUCACUAGAAAGGGCACAGCUCUUCAGCAUUACUGUCUAGAGUCAAAGAACACUUUGGGUUGGAAGGACCUUGAAGAUCAUCUCGUUCCAGCCCCGUGCCGUGAGCAGGGACACCUUCCAUUAGAGCAGGCUGCUCAGAGCCCCAUCCAACGUAGCCUUGGAUACUGCCAGGGAUGGGGGCAUGCACAGCUUCUUUGGGCAACCUGUGCCAGAGCCUCACCACCUUCACAGUAAAAAAAAAGAAAAAAUCCUAAUAUCUCAUAUAAACCUAUUCUCUUUCAGUUUAAAGCUAGUCCCCCUUGUGCUGUCACUACAUGCUCUUUUAAAUAGUCACUCUUCAUCUUUCCUGAAGGCUGCUUUUAGGUAGUGAAAAGCUGCCAUUAGGUCACCCUGAAGCCUUCUCUUUUCCAAGCUGAACAAUCCCAACUCUCUCGGCCUUUCCUUGUAGGAGAGGUGCUCCAUCCUCUGGUCAGUUUGGUGGCCUCCUCUGGACUGACUCCAGCAGAUUGCUGUCCUUCUUGUGCUGGGGUCCCAGAGCUGACCACAGCUGUUACUCUGGUACCCCUGGAGGAGCAGUGGAAAGUACUCCAGUGCCAGGCUGGCCACUGCACUCAGAUAAUUCCAAAAGUGGAAAAGGUUGAGGUACAGCUGUAGAGAGGUAAUGUUUUUUGCUGAAAUGAAUGUGGCUAAGGCUUUCAAAAGAGCUUGCAUUUGGCAACGUUAUUUAGUAAGCCUGUAGGAGAAAAAAGGCUUCGUUGUUUGACUUACGAGUAUUUGCUAUGGAAAGAUAACAUCCAGUAGUUUCAACGUGAAACCACCACAGUAUCAACAGUGAAGUGCCUGUGCACUCAUGGUAUCAAGUUCAGUGUGGAGGUUUGUGGUUUUGUGUCAUUUUGUUUUCUCUCAGUGUCAAGAAAAGUCCUGUAGCUGACUCAAUAUUGGUGCACCUCUACUCUGAAUUCUGAAGUGACUGUCCCUCUCGACCAAACAAAGCAGCACAGGGAAGAUUCCUAUUGUAGAGACUGGAUAGGAGCCACUCUACUUUGAAACCUUUAUGGACCUCUGCUUAAAACUCAUAAAAAGUUUAUGGGAGAAGCCCACAUUUCUGUGAGCACUUAAGAUCCUGUUAUGUUUCUCACUGUCAUUUACUACACAAUGAUCUUGCACAAUCACAGUUCCACAUCCACCAUGGGCCACAGACUACUAACCUGGUUACAUACAGUGCCUCCUAAGUGUCAUCAUCUAUUCUCCCUUUUACUUGCUUCUGAAAUCUCUAGGAUUUUGUAGCAGUAUUUUGUUUCAGAAUAAGAAAUAUAAUUAUGUUAAAAAAAUAACAUAGGUUUAAACAAAUUGUAUUGAUGUAGAGCAAUGUGAAUCUCACUCACUUCUAAACAAGACAAAGAAAAAGGGGAAAUAAAAUUAUAAAUUUAUAUUGCCUGUUGGGUCUGCUUAAAACUUACAUUAACAAUUGGAUGCAAAGACAUCUGAUAUUAAGUUUGUUAUCAUACUGCAUGAGAUACCAUUAUUUGGUGUCUGAAAUUGUAUUCAGAAAACCCCACUGGGCAAAUAAAACCGAACAACAACAACAAUAAUUAUUUUUUAAUAAUACUAAGGCAAAGUUUUCAUACCUUGGCUGUGCAGUACUGGUAGUGCUGCUGACAUGAACAGAAAGUUUAUGUUUAUAAGCAAAAUUAAAGCCAAAUUAAAGCCAAAUUGUGUUUAUAAGCCAAAUUAAAGAUUUUCUGUCAAAACCUGCCUCCCUCCCACCAUACAUACCUAACUGAAAUUGCAGCCGUGAAAGUGGAGAGCAGUAGUUCUCUCAGGUAAUAAAAAAUGUAGAAUAUAUUGACUUAACUGUCAGAGGUGUGGAAAUAUUGACGCAGUAGUUUCAGAGCUGUGCAGACUAAACAAAUGCACUUUACAUAAGAAAGAUAAAAUCAUUUACUGUUAAGUUUGAAGCUGCUAUCAGGGCUUUCUAUGACUUGAACUCCUGUGAGGAGGUGUUUUAGUGAUCUAGUGAGGUAUUGUGCUCUCACUAUUGAUUGCUCAGUAAGCAGAAAAGAUUCCUCUGAAGUUGCUGUCAGGUGCGUAGCAGACAGGAGCCUUUUGCAUAGGGGUGUGCUUUUAUGUAGAGAAAGGCAUGACCAGAUGCUAAUGCCAAACCAAAUGAAAUCAGUCAAAAGUCACGUUACUUUCAAUAGUUUUUGCUCUUCUGUGUGUGAUUUGACAGUUGGAAGAGCAAAAGAAACUGCAUUUCAUUAGAACAAUUUUAAUCAUAUUCAGUUGUAAAUAUUAUCCUUCAUCAUAGGUAAUUCAAGAGAAGUGUGGACCCUUUUCAUGACUGCAUUUCUCCUGCUAGUAUUUAUAAAAGUAGAAUGGGAUGUUGAUGUGUGUUUUUGUUUCUAAGCAAGUAGCAAUCAAUGGGAAUUAGCAAAUUGUGAACAUAAAUCUCUUUAGGCAGCGGUCUUUAAGUGCCUAAAUGUUUUUAAAUCUGGCUCCACAUCAUUAGAUCUAGAUUUAUUCUGGAUAACUAUUUUGUAUUUUUUUUUUUUUUCAAAGGGGGAAAAAGGUACCUUGGACUCCUGGGGCAUUCAAAGCUUACUUUUAGCAUCAUCACUUGUUGACUAGAGCAAAAUGCAUGUUGUUAGAAUAAUGGAAAUACUUUUUGAUUUGAGUUAGAGUUUAAGCUUAUUCAUUGUGUGUAGUAGCACAUUUGAGGUUGCUUUUUACGUCAGCACUGACAAUAUUGCCAUUUACAUUUAUGAAAAAUGAAUUUAUGAGACUCGAAGCGUACUGUUGUAUUAUGUUCUGUGUGGGAACUGAAAUUAGAGUGCAGGAAGCUAGAGUUGUAGCAGUAAUUUUUUUUUAAAUUUCCCUUUAAAGCUGAUAAGAUUUUUAUAAAGUAUACAUUGAAUUCAGUACAAGUUUUUGCUUGACUAUUGGCUUUAUAAAUCUUUUUCUGAGGCAACCUUAUUGGAAAGAAUUAAUAAAACCAAGCAAGUUGCUUUGAAAAAGAAGGCUAAUAUUUCAACAUUCUUCAGUUAGUAAGGUAGCUUUGUAGACAGAGGUUUUUAUUUUUUUGAAGCAAGGACAGGGAAAUUCCUUGGAGGCAGGUACUAUUAUAAAUAUGUGUAUCUAUUUGUGUGUGCACACAGGUUUUUAAAUUAUGAACAAUUAGCAUUGCAACAAGAAGAAAAGUCUUCAGACUUCACUUAGGACAGAGCUAAGCACGUGUGUAGCAUCAGCCAAUUCAAUUUGUUUCUAUGCCAUCUUUCCUUCUGGACAUAGUUGUGUUGUGUUGUGUUAUGAUAUUAUCCUAUACUGUGUGUGGUUUGAACAUAAAAUUGCUCUUUUCCACUCAAACAUUCAUAUUUUGUGUUACUAUUGGAUGACUUAUUUAAUAAAACAGCUGAAGUGCAUUUUUUAAAAGGAGGUUCUUUGAGCAAAUGUUGUACUAGGCACGGUCGAGGCAUGCUGUGUUUUCUGGGAAGCUGAAAAAAGCAGCUGUUCCAUCAGCCAGCUUUUAGCUGUAAAGAGAAUUAAGCAGCUCGAGUUCAGUGAAAAGGGGUAAACCCAGUGUGGGGGACUGGUGGCCAAGUGAAGAGACACCCUCACCGCAGCCAGAGGUUCACAGCUUAACAGAAUGAAGAGGUUAUCUGUCCUGCCCCAACAGUGUCUUGUGCUGAUGACAUGUCUCCUAAUGGCCCUGGAAGCUGUACCUAUAGACAUAGAUAAGACAAAAGUCAAAGCAGAAGGCCAUGUAGAAGGAGAGAAGGUAGAAAAUCCAGAUACAGGACUUUAUUAUGAUGAAUAUCUCAGGCAAGUAAUAGAUGUCUUGGAAACUGAUAAGCAUUUCAGGGAGAAACUCCAGACUGCUGACAUAGAAGAAAUAAAGAGUGGAAAGCUAAGCAGAGAGCUUGAUUUAGUAAGCCACCAUGUGAGAACACGGCUGGAUGAACUAAAAAGGCAAGAGGUAGCAAGAUUAAGAAUGUUAAUUAAAGCUAAAAUGGAUUCUGUUCAAGACACAGGUAUAGACCAUCAGACUCUCCUUAAGCAGUUUGAGCACCUGAACCAUCAGAAUCCUGACACCUUUGAACCUAAAGACUUGGAUAUGCUGAUCAAAGCAGCUACAAGUGACCUGGAAAACUAUGACAAGACUCGCCACGAGGAGUUUAAGAAAUAUGAGAUGAUGAAAGAACACGAGAGGAGAGAGUAUUUAAAAACACUGGAUGAAGAAAAGAGGAAGAAAGAAGAAUCCAAAUUUGAGGAGAUGAAGAAAAAACAUGGAGAUCACCCUAAAGUUCACCAUCCUGGAAGCAAAGAUCAACUGAAAGAGGUGUGGGAAGAAGCAGAUGGACUAGAUCCUAAUGAAUUUGACCCCAAAACAUUUUUCAAAUUGCACGAUGUCAAUAAUGAUGGUUUCCUGGAUGAGCAAGAAUUAGAAGCUCUAUUUACUAAAGAGUUAGAAAAAGUUUAUGAUCCCAAGAAUGAAGAGGAUGACAUGGUUGAAAUGGAAGAAGAAAGGCUGAGAAUGAGAGAACAUGUAAUGAAUGAGGUUGACAUCAACAAGGACCGGCUAGUGACUUUGGAAGAGUUCCUGCGAGCUACAGAGAAAAAGGAAUUUUUGGAGCCAGAUAGCUGGGAGACACUAGAUCAACAGCAGCUAUUCACUGAGGACGAGCUGAAGGAAUUUGAAAAUCACAUUUCCCAGCAGGAAGAUGAACUUAGAAAGAAGGCAGAAGAACUUCAGAAACAGAAGGAAGAGCUACAGAGACAGCAUGAUCAGCUUCAGGCUCAGAAACAAGAGCUUCAGCAGGUUGUAAAACAGAUGGAACAAAAGAAACUACAGCAAGGAAGUUCUCCUGCAGGACCAGGUGGAGAACUGAAAAUCCAACCCCCUGCUGAACACAAAGCUGCAGAUGCACCACAACACCCAGCAGGAGGAGAUCAGCCUUUACCACCAGGACAUGUCCAAGAACCAGCUGUCAGAACUGAUCAAGUUCACCCUUAACCACUUGUGCCUCAACUUUAUAGCAUCUUUAUUAUUUGGGGUGGGAGGGGUGGGGGGGACAGGAAAUCAGAGUGAAACAUGAACUUUCUCCCUCAGACUGUAAAAUCAUCGGGAGCGUUAGAGAUUAAGUAUCAGUCAGAUUUGAUUUUUAAGUUAAAUUUAUUUUCUCUCAAAUGCAUCAGUAAGAAACACAAGGGGAUCAAGUAGAGGCUAUAAUAGAGAAGGGAAUUAAGGAAAUCAUCAAUACUAAAGAUUUUUAUGGCCAGGGGACUGAGCUGUUGAACUCUCCCCUCAUAAAGAAGGGGGUGAUGUCUGCCAUUCUGUGUUUAGUCAUGAAUCAGGAUCUUCUCAGAGAGGAAACAGGGAACAGGCCUGGAUGUUAAGUUAGCUCUAGUGUGAUUAGAAACUCUUUCCAGAAAUGCUGAAAAGCAAAAAAUGGGGAAACAAAGACCAUAGAAAAAGGCCUAUUUCCAGCACUACCAAACCUUUUCUUCUUUGAGACCAAAUAAAAAUGAGAUUUCUUAAUCACAGAAAAUUUUGCACUUUCUAAAAUUUAAACACAGCAAAGAAUUAUGUGGAACAGUGAAUAUUUUUCAUGUUUACAGAAACCUAAGAAUUUCACUGAAAGCCUUCAAAAGGAAUACUGUGCUUGUGUUCUGAUCUGAACCGUCCUCCUUGUUGAGAUGAAUUCUGUGUAGCAGUUGAAAGCUCAACUGGCCCUUGGGGACAGCACUUUUGUCCCCAUUUCUUUCAUCAGAUGCCAGCUGAUCUCAAAAUUUUGCAUGUUAUUAAGUAAGCUUUUUAUGUUGAUGGAAAUAUUGUGCAAAACAGAACAAGGCUCACUGUCUUUUUCUGUGCAAUUGUCCUACCUCCUACAAUAAAACCAGAUUUUUCCAAGUGCAUCAUGUGCUUCAGAGAGCUCUUCUCAGACAUGAAUCUGGGAUUUGUUAAAGGUCUCACUGUUGACUCUUAUGAGUCUUUCAGCAGUUGGUCUAAGGUUAAGAAGUGUCCUAAGCCAGGGGUGCUACUUGAUUGUAUUAUUUUGGUCUUGAACCAGGAUAGGUCCCUACUAUUGCAAGCCAAGAUUUUACAAGAGUAAGUUGAUUUUCAUGUCAGUUUUAUUACAAUGCUGAAAAGUUGUGCCAGUGGGCCUGCUUCUCAUUCAUUUCAAACUGAAACUAUCCUAAAGUGUAAACCCUGUUUGGAUUUCCUUGUUUGCUUGGGUUUUAGUGGUUGUUUUUUAGUUUGUUUUGUUUUUUAAACAUGGAUUGUUCUGAUUGUAUAAUGCUGGCUUUGAACGGAUACACACACCUCUGCUAGCAUCCUUUACAUUUCCUUCCUGUUCUGUGGCUAACUGCUGACAGUGGCAUUAAAAGAGAUAUUUUGGGGCUCGAGCAAAGAAACAGAAACACGCCUCUAUUAGAGAACGAUGUUCCUUUCAGAAUAAGACUUGAAUAUUUUAGGCAAAGUCAAAAAACCAGAGGGCAAUUGCUAACAUUUUGUAUUGACUUUUGGGAAGUUUCUCACUCUGAAGAACUUUGGUUGAUGGCAGCCAGGCGCAUUCCUUCCAUGCUCAAGGCUUCUUUCAUCUGACCUGGGCAUAUUCAUGAUCUCCACACAAUGCAGCAGAACUCACUGCCAGAACAGAUUGGGUUUCCUUACCUAUUUUAUCUUGUUGUUAUGUUGCAUUUCCUUUGUUUAUACCACUCAAUUUGACUUAUUUCACCUUUUCUUUUUGUUCUUUAUGCAAGUAGAUGACAUUUUUAGUUUGCAAAACAAAUGUCUCCACUGUUUGUCAUUUCUAUGCAAUUCUAAAACAGUUUGAUUUUGUCUUUGUCUGGAGAUUAAAAUAUCUUUCAACAGCCUCAUCUGUUUGCAAAGAGGCCCAGA